AUGGCUACAGACACUACGCCAGCAAGCUCCGAAGCUCGCGAGUUGAGCUUGAUAUCCAAGGUUGAGCUUCGGAUCGCGCUGGCGGAUACCGAUGCCAAACUGGAAACUCUGCUUAAUACAUAUCUACCUCCCCUCCUAUUGAAGCUGGGAUCUGAAAGUCUUGCUGUUCGCAAUAAAGUAAUCGCAGUUUGCCAGCAUGUCAACACUAGAGUCCAAGCUCCCUCUAUCAAAUUGCCGGUGACGGCUUUGCUGAAGCAGUUCAAAGAGCAAAAGUCCCAGCUCAUCCGGCAUUUCGACUUGAUCUACCUUCAACAAGGUAUUGAUCGCCUGGGCUCAGAUGCAAGAGUCGAAAUUUUGCUGCCCUUGCUUCAGGGAAUAUCUGAGAUCGGGACAUCUGUCAACCAAGCUGCCGUGGUAUUCAACCUUGUCCUGCGGCUUCUGCCCUUGCUUAAGCUACCACCAAAGGGCAGCGACGAUGAUGUGCAGCUCAAAGCUCGACUAGGUCUAUCUGAUCAAGACACGCAGUUUCUAUCGAAAUGGUUUGAGAAAUUGCUGCUCCUUUUCCCCGCUGAUAAGAACUCGCCCACUUGCCCCGGAUUGUCCCCUGCAGAUUAUACAUUCUUGAACAAGGACGCCCCGGUAACAGAAACAUGGAAUCCUUCUGCAGAAGGUGGCCUGAACCUGACAGAGACCAAAGUUAACGCUUUGAGAUUUCUCGCUAGUGGAGCUUUCAGCCACACAGAGCGGUUCUUGCCGGCUCUUAUUGCGUCUGCAGAUGCAAACUCUCGUCUCUCCGAUAUUGGUGAAGAGACGCUGAAGAGAUUCAUUCCAGACUUGGAGGCGCCAGAUGUUGUACAGCAACUUUAUGGCUUGUACUUUGGAGCCGCAACGCCUGAUGGCGCACCUCCGGCGCGACCUGCUUUGCAGACCAGAAUCCUGGUUUUCCUAGGAAAAUCGAUUAGAGCAACGAAGGAUAAAUUGAGUGUUAUGCGGGUGAUUGAAGAAGGUCUUCUAUCAGAUGCCGCAAGGUCAUCACAAGGAUUGUUGGCCUCGAAGUUGAGAACACAAAUAUUCAACUUUACUACCUGGGUUGUAAAAAUGGGUUCUCCGUCCGACCUGGAAGAAAUAGCACCGAAGCUAAUAGCAGGCUUGAGAGAUUUCAUACAGUCUCAAGGAUGGCCGAGUCCAGCCGCCAGCGGACAAAAGCUUCCAAGUACAGAUCUGAGUCUACGGGGUCUUGCGUACGAAAGCAUUGGUAUUAUGGUUCCCAAAACCAAUUUUGAACUGUACGAUGGGCAGGAAGGUCUCUCUGGCUUUGGUCUCAUUCAAUGGCUGUUUACUUCCUUGAGCUCUGAUGAUUCCAGCUCUCAGAUAUUUGUGAGCAUUGAACAAGCCCUGGGCAGCAUACUCAACUCCUCAAUAGAUAGCUGGGACGAUGACUUUCAAGACCAACUGCGACCUUUCUUGAUUCGUCAGAUGAACAACUACCCCGGAGGAGAAGAUCCAACAAGCGGGUUCGCUGUCGUUCGCGGCCCCCAGUACGCUGCUGUACGUUUUGCUAACAGAUUUCUGCCAUACCACGAUGUUGUCGCCCGCUGGAUAGACCUCAUGGCGAUUGCGCGCGGGUCAGAAAACAAACACGAAGUCACGGAGGAAGGCAAGAAAGGUCUACAUCCAUUCUGGUACCGGCUUCUGAGUCCUUCAAAUGCCAACCACUCGGUCUCACGCACAAAAGAUUCUAUGUGGUAUGAUUUCCCAAAGUUUUCGGAACUUACUCGCUUCAUAUUCGGGUCGGCAACCUCAAACGGGGUAUCAGGUUCUUCUGCAUCGGAAAUUGUAGCAGGGCCCUUUAAGAACGCAUUUGCUUCCACUAUAGCAUUCAUCCGGAACGUUCUGCUCUGGGAGUCACUUUCUGCUUCUAAGACCACCAUAGAGGUCGAUCAAGACUGGGACACUAAACUUGACGUGAUGCUUACAUCUGACGAACAAGCAAGGUCGUCUCUUAAACAUUAUCUUCGGGCUACCGACAAAGAAGGGGUUGUUCUGUUUUUGAACAGCGCUUUGGCUGGCCUCACCCGUGAGAGCCGGGAGGGACUACAGCAAUGCGGAGCACAUUUCGUUAGUAUAUGCUCUUUGGCCUCGAACGACAUCGUGGAGGCGGUGGUCCCGCAGACACUAGUGUUGCGGAUCCCGUUGAAGAGUAACGACCAAGAUAUUCAGGCCAUGGCCGCCCGCGCUAUUGGAAUCCUAGCCUCUCAUCCUGCCCUUCCUGAUAAUGAUCUCAUAGCACUGGUUGCGGAGUGCUCAGAGUGCAUAACGUCAUGGAAGACUGCAGUUGGUGAGGGUGCACUUAGGGUCCGAGGAGCAGUAUUGGCACUAUCAUAUAUACUGAGCAGACUUGCAUUCCGUAACAUGAGAUCUAGGGUGCCCAGCGUCCAUAUAGAUCAAUUCGUUCAUACUAUCCGUGACAUGAUCGAAAACGCGCGCGACUCACUCCUUCGACGUUCUGCACAGUUAGCAAUUGGACAGCUCAGUCUCUCCAAAAUACUGUCUCCUUCUAUGCUUUCUGAUGCGGAGUGGAAAGUCAUCAAGGAAGUCCUCGUACGGGACGCAAAGGCCGAAAGCGAAGUGGCCAUAAUGGCACUGGGGCUCUUGUCUGCAAUCUUCCCAAAGGAGAACACUGGUGAUUCACACUUCAGUACCCUAACAGAAGCCCUUUAUGAUCUGCAUGAAAUCCGCAGCCCUGAGAUACAUUUCACUGUCGGUGAAGCACUAAGCAAUGCUGCGGCUGGCUGGGACUCAAAAUCAUUGAACCUGGAAUUCGAUGUAGACUCCGAGUCACCAAACUCAAAUGUGCCGGAACAAGUGCUUGCGAGUGUGGCUGACACAAUCAUUGCCAAAUGUGGCGCACCGAAACCGUCGCUUAAAAGGGCAUCUGCCAUUUGGCUAUUAAGUCUGGUCAAAAACUGCGGUCAUCUAACCCUGAUGCAAGAUCGUCUGCGUCAAUGCCAAAGCUCAUUCAGCAGCUUGCUCGUUGAUCGAGACGAGGUGGUACAGGAAACUGGUGCACAGGGAUUAAGCCUCGUUUACGGCAUGGGUGACCAGAGCCUGAAAGACGAUUUGGUGCGUGACUUGGUAAACUCUUUCACCGAGAACAAUUCGACCCUCUCGGGUGGCAGGGUCAGCCAAAAUACAGAGCUCUUCGAACCUGGGGCUCUCCCUACUGGCGGCGGUUCCUCCGUCAAUACCUACAAAGACAUCAUGAACCUCGCAGCCGAAGCUGGUGACCCAACCCUCGUAUAUCGCUUCAUGUCCUUAGCUUCGAAUAAUGCCCUCUGGUCGAGUCGUGCGGCCUUCAGCAAGAUGGGCAUCAGCAGUAUCUUUUCUGACUCGAGCGUCAAUGGUUACCUAGCAAAGAACCCUAAGAUUUUUCCCAAGCUAUUUCGCUACCGUUUUGACCCUAAUCCCAAUGUUCAACGGUCCAUGAAUACCAUCUGGAAGGCCUUGGUCAAGGAUCCAAUGGAAGUUAUUGAGACCCAUUUUGAUGAGAUCAUGAAUGAUCUGUUGAAAAGCCUGUUGACAGGCCGGGAAUGGAGAGUUCGGCAGGCAAGUUGUACUGCAAUCGCGGAUUUAAUUCAGGGUCGUCAGCCCGAGAAAUAUGCGCAGUACAUGGAUGAGAUCUUUACCAAGGCAUUCAAGCUCUUAGAUGAUAUUAAAGAGACGGUCCGAGCUUCAGCACUGAAGCUUUGCCAGACGAUUACCAAUGCGAUUAUCCGCACAUUGGAGACAAGCGACACUGAUACCAAGCGAGCCGAAACCAUGCUACGAAGCGCCAUCCCGUUCCUAUUGAGUGAUAAGGGCAUGGAAUCCGGUGUUGAGGAGGUCCAAGGAUUCGCCAUUGGGGCUCUGAUCCAAAUGAUCCGAAAAAGCCCAGGUGGACCAUUGCGGCCGUUCAUACCCCACAUAAUGGAACAGUUUCUGAAUUCUUUGAGUUCACUGGAGCCACAAGCAGUCAACUACGUCCACCUGAACGCGGAUAAAUAUGGCCUGACAGGCCAGGAUAUCGACAAGAUGAGGUUGUCCAGCAUUCGAACAUCUCCCAUGAUGGAAGUGAUUGAGAGAUACCUCAUAGACAUGUUGGAUGAACAGAGUAUGAAAGAGUUUGCCACGAGGCUUGAAGGCGUGUUGCGCUCGGCCGUUGGACUUCCAUCCAAGGUUGGCUGUAGCCGAGUUUUGGUCCUUUUGAGCAUGCGAUCCAUGCUCUUCCGCCCCUAUGCAGAUCGUUUCAUACAAAUCCUCGGCAAAUUCGUGGUGGAUCGCAAUGACACCGUCAGUGCAUCCUACUGUACAUCUAUUGGCUAUCUCCUACGUCUCGCCUCGGAUAAUCGAGUGCUGAAGACAAUCGAGCAUGCCAAAGAUCUAUACUUGACCGCCGAAGACUCUAACCAGCGCGUUAUUUCAGCCGAGAUCUUGCAAGCCGCUUCGAAGUUGUCCAAUGACCGGUUUAUGGCAUUCGCUACGGCAGCACUGCCAUUCAUAUUCGUGUCCAAAUGUGACUUGGAUGAGCACGUCAGGGAGGUAUUCGAAAAGACGUGGCAGGAUAAUGUCGGCGGCAACCGCACGGUGUCUCUCUACAUCAAGGAGAUUACCGACCUUGUAUCGAGCAAUCUAGAUUCGGCCCGGUGGGCCAUUAAGCAUACGGCAGCUUUGGGGCUUGCAAAGGCCAUUAUGUCGAUGGACUCGGAGCUCGAUCUCCCGACAAGCGAGUAUGUAUGGCCUGUGCUAGAGAGAGCUCUGGCUGGGAAAACGUGGGAGGGCAAAGAAGUUGUGCUAGAAGCGUUUGUCAAGUUCUCGGGCCAAGCGAAGAAAUUGUGGCAAGAGAAGCCAACACUUGGAGAAACAAUGAAGACUAUCACUAUCAGAGAAGCGAAGCGGAAUAACCCUGCAUAUCGCCCCCACGCGCUUAUUGCUCUCGGCGGAGUAGCUCAAGCACGCAAAGACUUGGAUCUGAUGUCAGACGCUAUUGCCAUUGUCACCCACGUGCUGGAUGAUGUUGAAGAUCAGGGAGAUCCAAUGGAUGUGGAUUCAGGCAAGGAUCAAAAGCCGAAGUAUGUUCCUCGUCUGUAUUUUACAAACCCUGGACGACACGUUGGCGGCUUGUGUGAGUGGGUUCCCCUGCAGUUGGCAUCCCCACCCAAUCAUCGAUAUGCUAACGGAAAUCAAGCCAUCGACGGACACCUGGAUAAGUCGAGACCGGUGUUGCACAGAAUACUAGUGGGCCAUGGGGGCAGAAACGUGCAGGUUACGUUGUACCGGGAGCUGCGCACAGUUUUUGACCAAUUCGGGGCGUGGGUAUCGGAACGGAGUGGCGAACCCGAUCGCCGUGGGCCCCAGGAGUCCUUGGCGGCACUAACAGCAGAGAUCUUCGCCCAUGAGAUAGACCUCUCCGUUGAAGCCGUUCGAGCUGAACGCGCCCAAGCGGCUGUCGCAUACUUUAAGCUCUGCAAGCAGACAGAACUUCCGAUCGAUCAGGACAUCCAGAAACUGGUGAAAAACUGGCGGGAAGAGGAGCGAUCGGGACCAUAUUGUAUGCGUAUCAUCCACCUUACUCCAUACCUCGACUGGGUAUUGUCAGGAACCCGAGCCAACCCUGAAUGUGUCCGUCCCAAUCAGGAGGCGUGCACAGGAAAGGGGCGGGGCGUGGUUGUAAACAUGUCGCUUGGGCAGAAGCGCCGGAGGACCUACACCAAGCGUACUGCGCCUGACCAAUCAUGCUACAUCCAAGCCACCACUGGCCGGAGAAUGGGAUGUCCGUUCCAUGGACAAAUCUGGAGGAACUGGAUGGAAGGAAGGAGGGAAAAGAGAGGAAGCGGUGACGGGGAGGUUGUUUGCUUUGAGCUAGUAGAAAGUAGCUACUGUACUGGGCGUAGACCGAACAUACGCCGGUUGUUACGUGGAUUGUACCCCAUCGUUCUGAUCCCGUUAGUUAACAUACAUAGAUACAUCCGUUCGCCUGGUUCGCCAGACUAUCAUCAUCCUUCUGGCAGCCACUCAGCGUGGCUCGGCCCCGAAAACUAUGAUGUGAACCGACCAAAGAUUGGGUUAGAUGCUCAAGCCCAGUCCGGAGCUUGCACCCAUCCUGGCUUCGCGAGUCUAAAAGUGGAUGCAUUGUCCGAUACUGACCCAAGCCUGACCCCAUGA